CGCAGCCGGAAGCCGGAGCCCCGUGGGUCGCGGAGGCGGACCAGGCUCGAGGGCGCGGGACCGGAGUCAGCCCGCCGCCGCCCGCCCCGGUAACCGCGCGCCCGGGGACCUCGCGGUCCCGCUCGGCCGUGACUCCAGCCUCCCCGCCGCUUUGUGUAACCUCAGUUCGGGCCGGCGCCACGCCUCGGGGGAACCUGGGAGGGUGGAGGGUGUCUGAGGCUUUGCACCCUCUGCCGGGAUCGGCAGUCCUCGGAGAACCCCGAAACGGAAAUCUGUGGUUUGGGACACACACUCCGGUGAGAGGUGGUCCAGAUGCUGACUGAGGGGCCUGUGUGUGCUGAGAGCUUGGAAACCAAGUGUCUCUGGGAGUGUCCCCUCUGCAGGCCUCCAAGAUCAUGUGGUACGUCAGCACCCGGGGAAUGGCCCCACCGGUCAACUUUGAGGGGGCCCUCUUCUCUGGCUAUGCACCGGAUGGCGGCCUCUUCAUGCCCGAGGAGCUCCCACAGCUGGACAGACAGACCCUGUGUCAGUGGAGCACGCUCUCCUAUCCUGGCCUAGUGAAGGAGCUGUGUGCUCUCUUCAUUGGCCCUGAGCUCAUUCCGAGAGAAGACUUAAAUGGUCUGAUCGACCGAGCCUUCAGCAGAUUCCGGCACAGAGAGGUGGUCCAUCUGUCCAGGUUGAAGAACGGGCUGAACGUGCUGGAGCUGUGGCAUGGAGUCACGUAUGCAUUUAAGGACUUGUCUCUGUGCUGCACAGCACAGUUCUUGCAGUACUUCCUGGACAAGAGGGAGAAGCACGUUACCGUGGUUGUAGGAACUUCUGGGGACACAGGGAGUGCUGCCAUUGAGAGUGUUCAAGGGGCAAAGAACGUGGACAUCAUCGUUCUACUGCCCAAAGGUCACUGUUCGAAGAUUCAGGAGCUCCAGAUGACAACGGUGCUGAAGGAGAAUGUCCAUGUGUUUAGAGUGGAGGGAAACAGCGAUGAGCUUGAUGAGCCCAUCAAGGCCGUGUUCACCGACGUGGCUUUCGUCAAGAAGCACAAUCUGAUGAGCCUGAAUUCCAUCAACUGGUCCCGGGUCCUCGUGCAGAUGGCCCACUACUUCUUUGCUUACUUCCGGUGUGUGCCCUCCUUGGACAUGUGUCCCCUACCCCCCGUGGAGGUGGUUGUGCCAACGGGGGCUGCCGGCAACCUUGCAGCUGGGUGCAUUGCUCAGAAGAUGGGUUUGCCCAUCUGCCUGGUGGGGGCCGUGAACCGCAAUGACAUCAUCCACAGGACUGUCCAGCAGGGAGACUUCUCUCUGUCUGAGGCUGUCAACCCAACCUUGGCAUCAGCUAUGGACAUUCAGGUGCCCUACAACAUGGAGAGGAUCUUCUGGCUGCUCUCAGGCUCUGAUAGCCAGAUGACAAGAGCCCUCAUGGAGCAGUUUGAAAGGACCCAGAGUCUGAACCUACCCAGGGACCUGCACAGCAAGCUUUCAGAGGCAGUGACGUCUGCAUCAGUGUCGGAUGAGGCAAUCACCCAGGCCAUGGGCCGCUGCUGGGACGAGAACCAGUACUUGCUGUGCCCUCACUCGGCUGUGGCCGCCAGCUGCCAUUACCAGUGGACAGACAGGCAGCAGUCCAGCAUCCCCCGCUGCUGCCUGGCCCCCGCCUCUGCGGCCAAGUUUCCGGAAGCUGUCCUGGCUGCAGGGCUGACCCCUGAGAUCCCUGAGGAGAUCCUGGCCCUGGAGCACAAGGAGACACGCUGCACCCUGAUGCGGAGAGGUGAUGACUGGACGCAGAUACUGCGGGACACGAUUGAGGACUUAAGCCGGCGGUGGAGGGGUCAUGCCCCAAACUCCUCAGAAUAGCCAGGCUGGAAUUGGCCUCCUUUAGGCUCCAGAUCCCGGAGUGGGUGUGGCCUCUGAACUUGCGCCCUUUCUCCCAUCAAGAGUGGGAGUCGGAGGUCCUUGGGAGGCUUAGUUUAUCUGGCCCCCCAACCAAAUCCAAAGGUCUUGGCCAGCUUGUCAGAAGCUUCCACCUGUUAAAAUGUUGGAAGUCCCUGGAAUAAAAGUGCUUGUUCAGUGUGAAGGAAA